CCAGCGAAACGGCCGCCCGGGAUCCCGGCCGUGCCGGCUGUGCCCGCCCAGAGCCGCAGCCGCGCUGUGCUGGAGCCGCACGCCAGAGCGGAGCGGGGAUAGAGCGGGGGCAGAGCGCGGUGAGAGCGGCUGCAGAACCGGGCGCUCCGCAGCAGGCUCCAGCGGGGCCGUGGGCUGAGCUGCUGCGGACAAGGGGCCGCUGUGGGCGGCGGGGUGCUGAACCAUGGCGGUGUGGAUCCAGGCCCAGCAGCUCCAGGGAGAAGCCCUGCGGCAGAUGCAGGCACUCUAUGGGCAGCACUUCCCCAUCGAGGUGCGGCAUUACCUGUCACAGUGGAUCGAGAGCCAGGCAUGGGACUCCAUCGACCUCGACAACCCCCAGGAGAAUGUGAAGGCAACGCAGCUUCUGGAGGGGCUGAUCCAGGAGCUGCAGAAGAAGGCAGACCACCAAGUGGGUGAGGACGGCUUCCUGCUGAAGAUCAAGCUAGGGCACUACGCCACACAGCUGCAGAAUACCUAUGACCGAUGCCCCAUGGAACUGGUGCGCUGCAUCCGGCACAUCCUGUACCAUGAGCAGCGGCUGGUGCGGGAGGCAAACAAUAGCCCUUCCCCGUCCGGCUCCCUGGUGGACGCCAUGUCCCAGAAGCACCUGCAGAUCAACCAGACCUUCGAGGAGCUGCGGCUCAUCACGCAGGACUCGGAGAAUGAGCUCAAAAAACUGCAGCAGACACAGGAAUACUUCAUCAUCCAGUACCAGGAGAACAUGCGACUCCAAGCCCAGUUCUCCCAGCUCUCCCAGCUAGGUCCCCAGGAGCGCAUGUCACGGGAGACGACGCUGCAGCAGAAAAAGGCAUCGCUGGAGGCCUGGCUGCACCGCGAGGCGCAGACACUACAGCAAUACCGUGUGGACCUGGCUGAGAAGCACCAGAAGACACUGCAGCUGCUGCGCAAGCAGCAAACAACCAUCCUGGAUGAUGAGCUGAUCCAGUGGAAGCGUCGACAGCAGCUGGCAGGGAAUGGGGGCCCCCCCGAAGGUACCUUGGAUGUGCUUCAGUCCUGGUGUGAGAAGCUGGCAGAGAUCAUCUGGCAGAACCGGCAGCAGAUCCGCCGUGCCGAGCACCUGUGCCAGCAGCUGCCGAUCCCGGGCCCAGUGGAGGAGAUGCUGUCAGAGCUGAACGGCACCAUCACCGACAUCAUCUCUGCCCUGGUCACCAGCACCUUCAUCAUCGAGAAGCAGCCCCCCCAAGUGCUGAAGACACAGACCAAGUUUGCAGCCACCGUGCGGCUCCUGGUGGGGGGGAAGCUGAACGUGCACAUGAACCCUCCCCAAGUGAAGGCCACCAUCAUCAGCGAGCAGCAAGCCAAGGCCCUGCUGAAGAAUGAGAGCACCCGCAAUGAGAGCAGCGGGGAGAUCCUCAACAACUGCUGUGUGAUGGAGUAUCACCAGGCCACUGGGACACUGAGCGCCCACUUCCGCAACAUGUCCCUGAAGCGGAUCAAGCGCUCAGAUCGCCGUGGGGCUGAGUCAGUGACAGAGGAGAAAUUCACCAUCCUCUUUGAGUCACAGUUCAGUGUCGGUGGGAAUGAGCUGGUCUUCCAGGUGAAGACACUGUCCUUGCCUGUGGUGGUGAUUGUGCAUGGGAGCCAGGACAACAAUGCCACGGCCACUGUGCUUUGGGACAAUGCUUUUGCCGAACCUGGUCGUGUGCCCUUCGCUGUUCCCGACAAGGUGCAGUGGCCACAGCUCUGUGAGGCGCUCAACAUGAAGUUCAAGGCAGAGGUGCAGAGCAGCCGUGGGCUGACCAAGGAGAACCUGGUAUUCCUGGCACAAAAGCUCUUCAACAGUACCAGCUCCCACCUGGAAGACUACAGCAGCACCACGGUGUCCUGGUCCCAGUUCAACCGGGAAAACCUGCCUGGGAGGAAUUACACCUUCUGGCAGUGGUUUGAUGGGGUCAUGGAGGUGCUGAAGAAGCAUUUGAAGCCGCACUGGAACGACGGGGCCAUCCUGGGCUUCGUCAACAAGCAGCAGGCGCAUGACCUGCUCAUCAACAAGCCCGACGGGACCUUCCUUCUGCGCUUCAGUGACUCAGAGAUCGGUGGCAUCACCAUUGCCUGGAAGUUUGACUCCUCUGAGAGGAUGUUCUGGAACCUGAUGCCUUUCACCACCAGGGACUUCUCCAUCCGCUCCUUGGCUGACCGCCUCGGGGAUCUCAGUUACCUCAUCUACGUGUUCCCCGACCGGCCCAAGGACGAGGUGUUCUCCAAGUACUACACGCCGGUUCUCUGUGAGUCCACGCCAGGUACUAAAGCUGUGGAUGGAUAUGUGAAGCCACAGAUCAAGCAAGUGGUACCAGAGUUUGUCAAUGCAUCAGGAGAUUCUGCCCCUGGAGGGGCCACCUACAUGGACCAGGCACCCUCGCCUGCUGUCUGCUCCCAGCCUCAUUACAACAUGUACACCCAGAACCCCGACCCUGUGCUGGACCCCGAGGGUGAUUUUGACCUGGAAGACACGAUGGAUGUGGCGAGGCACGUGGAGGAGCUGCUGCGGCGCCCCGUGGACAGUCAGUGGAUUCCCCAUGCCCAGUCGUGACAGGCAGGCGCCUGGUCCCUUGCCCCUGGCCCCGGCGCUGCGGGGACUGUGCUGUGUUCGUGUCUCUGUGCCAGGGGACAGCGGGUGGGCCCUGCCCCCAGGAUUUGCUCUGUGCCCCGAAACACAGGCUGGUGUCCAGCUCUUUGGUGUUUAUGCCCUUGUAUAAACAGCAGCGGAUUUGUCGCAUGGUUUUCCUGUAUGUUCCUUUUAAGAAGCCCAGCUUCGGCUUUCCGCUUCUGCCCGCACUGGCCCUGCAGUCCCCCUCCCCCCGUGGGGCUGCCAGGGCGGGGGCCACCAGCCUGGCCUCAGGUUUGCUUUCGCAGUCGUCACUAAGAAUGUACAUGUCGCCUUCUUGUUCUCCCCCGCGGCUCCGUUCCCAGGGGUGCGUGAGGGCAGAGGGCAGAGGAGAGGUUCUGCCAGGGCUCCCUUAGCCUGUGCUGGUGCUCUGCUCCACAGUGGCAGGGUCCCUGGAUUUCAUCUUCUCCUCUGCCCCCAAGGAUGCAGGAGCCCCUCCGGCUCCCGGCUUCAGUGUCCCCUCCGGAGCCGGUGCAGCACGAGGGUGGCAGGGUGCAAGGACACCCAGCGAGGGCCGUCGGGUGGGCAGGGGGUUUGGGGAAGCAAAGCCCUCUGCCCCCUGCCUCUCCCCUCGCCUGGGCGGGAAACUCUGGGGUCCUGGCCAUGUUAUUUUUCUAUCACAGAGUAAAUAAAGCACGGAAUAUUUUUGUAACACAAAAGCUCUGGGUGCCAC